CUGCUUCCGGUGCAGAAUCGUGCCAUGUUUUGCUUCUGUUUUUUACCUCAGUUUAGUUUCAGAUUCGGUCUAGACCACUUUACCUCAAUUAUUUCCUGCCGUCAUGUCCCGGGGGUCGAGUGCGGGGUUUGACCGGCACAUCACCAUCUUCUCCCCGGAGGGAAGGCUCUACCAAGUCGAGUAUGCCUUUAAAGCGAUAAACCAGGGCGGACUGACCUCUGUGGCCGUCAGAGGGAAGGACUGUGCUGUAGUCGUGACGCAGAAGAAAGUUCCUGACAAGCUCCUGGACGCUGCGACAGUCACACACCUGUUCAAAAUCACAGAGAACAUAGGAUGUGUUAUGACCGGCAUGACUGCUGAUGGCAGGUCUCAGGUGCAGCGUGCACGGUACGAGGCGGCUAACUGGAUGUACAAGUAUGGCUACGAGGUGCCCGUGGACAUGCUGUGCAAACGCAUGGCCGACAUCUCCCAGGUUUACACCCAGAACGCAGAGAUGAGACCGCUAGGCUGCUGUAUGAUAGUGAUCGGGAUUGAUGAGGAAUUGGGCCCACAGCUGUUCAAGUGCGAUCCAGCCGGCUACUACUGCGGCUUCAAGGCCACGGCAGCCGGAGUGAAACAGACAGAGGCCACUAGUUUCCUGGAGAAGAAAGUGAAGAAGAAGCUGGACUGGACUUAUGAGCAGACUAUAGAGGCGGCUAUCUCAUGCCUGUCUACUGUUCUGUCCAUCGACUUCAAGCCCUCAGAGCUAGAGAUCGGAGUCAUCACGGCACAAGAGCCUAAAUUCAAGAUUCUGUCAGAGGCCGAGAUCGAUGCUCACCUGAUGACUUUGUCUGAGCGGGAGUGAAGCGGUUUUAUAAGAACGGAUGAUAAACAGUAAAAAGCAUCAACACACAAAAUGUCUCAGCUGGAAGGAAGAUGAAGGAGGAGCUGGUAUCAUCUUCUUCAAAAAGAGAUGAACAGUAACAGAUAACCCCACCCCCACCCCUCCAUGCUAUCUGGUCACAAACAGGACAUGAUAUUAUCCAUGUACCCAAACCCCUGCCCCCUCCUGUGUUUUCCUUCUGCAGCCAGCUGCUAAAUGUCUCAGAUCGUGGACGGGACAUUCAGAUCAGUCCCUGACGUGACACAUAAAGUGUGACGUGGCAGCUGAUGUGACAGACGGCCGCAGCGCAGCAGCUCAGCCUGAAUGACUUCAUGACAUGUGUGACAUGAGCAGAUUGGAAGGUGGAGGUGUGGUAACACUACAACUUACAGCACAAUACCUCUUAAAUGUGGACUCAGUGGUCCUGUAGCUUCACUGUGCUCGGCAGUGCUUCCUGACCAUCUUUUCUCAGGGCUACCACUUACAUAUGUGUCUCUCUUCUUCAGUGUUUAAGCUUUCCCCUCUGCACUGUCUUCAGUUUCAGGAUGAAAUUCAUGCUCUGUACUCGAUGAUAACCCAGGGAACAGCUGUGGGAAUUCUCCUACAGCAGCAGGUCAUUGUCACACCCCUGUUUAAAUCUGCUCAGGUCACUAGAAAGCUGGUGUUUUGAUCUACCUGCCCUUCUGCUGCAGCUGCUGUACAUUUCCACACUUCUAUUAAACACACUUUUUAUUUAACACAGG